AUGAACAUUGCCUUCGAAAGUGUAUGUUUCCAGUUGCGGCAUUUAGUAGUUGCGGCGUUACUGGUGGCGGUAUCAGCGCGGGCAGUUCCUGAGGAAGAAAACGCAGGCCAGCCGCCUGCCGACCAGGGAUUGAAUGCAUCUUCCAGUAGUGACCAGUUCUUAUAUAAGUCGAGUGAAUUUACACCUGGGGAAGAGGAAUAUUUUACAGGCUCUGGGCCUACAGAUUCAGGCCGUUUUCCAUCUGGAACAGGAGAUUACCCAUCUGCCCCAGGGAGCUUCUCCUCUGGAACAGGAGACUACCCGUCCGGACCAGACUUUCCUUCUGGCUCGGGAGACUACCCUUCUGGAACAGGACAAUACCCCUCGGGACCUGGUACGGGUGAAUAUCCCUCGGGAGCAGGACAGGAAGACUAUCCCUCUGCUCCUGUCCAGUACAACUUCCAGUGGGAUGUGAAUGACCCUCCUUCCAGAAAUUUCUAUGGGCACCAAGAAGAGAGAGAAGAUGACAACACUCAAGGCAGCUACUACGUGCAGUUACCUGACGGUCGUCGUCUUGUGGUUGAAUAUUAUGUUGAUGAGACAGGCUACCAUCCCACAUAUUCCAUGGAAGGGGAGAUCCAACCAACUUCUGGUCUGGAAGCAUCGGGUCAAAGCUAUCAACCAGUUGAACCAGAAUCAAGCUACGCAGUACCUGAAGAAGAGGCUAACGAAGGCUAUCCUCCAACUGGACAAAGACCCACCCAGAGUUUCUCCCAGCUCGACCACGGUUCCAGUCCAAGAUUUUCUCAGUCUUCACAGGGAGAUAACCAAGAUUUUUCACAUUCUGCGGCAGAACCAAACCAAGAUUUUUCGUACUCUGGCCCAGGGUUUUCUCACUCAGGACAGAGGACUGGCCAAGGGUACUCUCAGGAUGGACAGGAAUCUGGUCAAGAAUCCUUCCACUCAGGGCAGGGAUCUGGCCAAAGGUACUCUCAGGGUGGACAGGAAUCUGGCCAAGGAUCCUUCCACCAAGGACAGGGAUCUGGCCAAAGGUACCCUCAGGGUGGACAGGAAUCUGGCCAAGGAUCCUUCCACCCAGGAGAGGGAUCUGGCCAAAGGUACUCUCAGGGUGGACAGGAAUCUGGCCAAGGAUCCUUCCACCCAGGACAGGAAUCUGGGCAAAGGUACUCUCAGGCUGGACAGGAAUUUGGCCAAGGAUCCUUAACCCGGGAAGGUUUCCCCAGGACAGGGUCAGUCAAAGCUACUCUCAGUCUGGACGGGGAUCAGUUUCAAGUGUCCUUUCAUUUGGGGCCAGGGUCUAUCCAAAGUCAGUCCAAGCCUGGACAGGGAUCCAGCCAAGCAUCUUUUCAGUUAGGACAAGGAUCUAGCCAAGGUUAUACUCCACCUCGCAAAGGAUCUCUUCCUUCAGGACAAAGGUCUAGCCAGGGAUAUACCCAGUCUGGACAGAAAUCCACCCAAGGUUUUACAUACUCUAGACAAGGGUCAAAUCAGGUGUAUUCUAAGCCUGGAAAGGAAUCAAGUCAAGGUUUCAGACACACUGCACAAGGAUCCACUCAGGGAUUUUCUCCCUAUGGACAGGAAUCUAGCCCAGAGUUCUCAUACUCCAAAAACGAAUUCAACCAGGAGCCCUCUCAAUCUGGACAGGUUCCCAUUCCAACUAUCUCACUCCCGGGGAAGGGAUCAGGCAAAAGCUCCUCUCAGUCAACAAAAGGACCGAAGCUCAAGUUUAAACCCAAGAAUGGUUCCUUGAAGUCAAGUUCCAUCAGCGUCCAUCCUGUGCCACUCUCAGCUACCUUUGGUUUCCGGUUUCCAAGCAAAUGGGCAUAA